AGCAGAUGCUUGCUGACGUGGAUGACAACGAUAGCGGUGCACGAGGGAACAGCGCUGAGAUGGAGAAGGUGGGUGGAGAGAGAAACGAGGAAGAUGUUGGCAGCGAGGGUCCUCACAAUGGAUGCAUUGUCACAGAUGCAAAUGUGAVAAAGACAAUGGCAGGAGAUAGAUACCCGUACGAUGUGAAUUGGGUGUCAGGUCGUGUUCAGCCAGAUAUCGUUGGAGGUGUGCAUUUCUUUGCUUUCAAGGUUGCUGACCAGUGGGUUGUUGUUCCUGCCCCAAAGAAAGGAACAUGGCAUAACGUAUGUCUGUCAUUUAUCUAUGACAGAGUGUUGAGGUUGAAUGAUGGGGCAACGACCCACGAUACUUGCCAAUACGCAUUGAAGAUGUAUCGUGCUCUACAAGCAAAGGCAAUUGUUGAUGGCAAAAUGACACUGGCAGCAAGAUUGCAAUCUGGUGAGUGGCUGCCUUUGGGUUGGAUGCAUGCUGGCGUUGUGGAGCAUUUGCAGUUCUUGGUGGUGGUGACACGUGUCUCCGUUUGCAAUCCUCAUGUGAAGGACCGAGGAUUGUUGGAGGAACACGCGGAGCGUUGCUGGGAGAAGAUAAAAGAGGAAGAACGGCAGAUGGUGUGCAUGGGAUAUGACUCCCAUAAUGACCAGGCGAUGUGCUCGAUUGUGGAAGACUUGUGCACCGAGCAAGCACGGCCCUCGACGGAUGACAUGUUUCUGGAGGGCAUUCGACGCAGACACGGGUGCACAUCACUUCUUGGGUGGGUUCCUGUCGUCUAUCCCAUGACAUAUGAGCAUGGKGAACAGAUGUGCAUGAGAUUCAGAGACCCUCUGGGUAUCCCUUUCCAGCUCACGUACAUAGAUGGACUGCUGCGACACAUUCAAUACGUGGGUGAUGACGACGCUCGUGYUGCAUCGAAUGCACARCCAACAACACAGCAGCAGCRGGACAUUUCACAUUUGYCWACUCAGGUCGACGGCCCGGAAACAGCAAAUGAUGGGGGAUGUUCUAAUGCAGAAGCCGACGAUGGUGUCACCCCUGCGGAGCACGUGACAGGGAGGGCAGAGAAUAAGAAGAAGCAGUGCACAUCUAGGCCGCCUCGUGGACUCCGAAAUUCCACAAAAGCAAAAGCAGCCGCUGCCCCAGUUCCAAAGCGCUGGCGCCGCGCAAGGAUGGCAACAUUGGUAGAAAUUCGGCAACUCCAACGAUCUACUCACUUGUGCAUUGCUUUGAGGCUGUUCAUGAGGGUCGUGCGCGAGGUCGUCGAGAAAGAAAUCGCACCAGGGCAAUCUAUCAGGUUUCAGAUGAACGCCAUACGUGCACACAAAGACAAAAGCACAACCAUCAUGUCGAUGUCAGCUACGCAACCGAGGGCAGCUCUUCAAGAGGUGAUGCAAUACGCGGAGGAGGGCAUCCACUACGAUGACGACGGGGAGCUUGAACUACUCACGGAGAGAGUGCUGAGUUACUUUGAUGUCAGAGUGAACAUCCGUGCAAGCAUUGCUGCGAACGGAGAGGAGUCGCUCAGAGCACGGAUGUUAUUGGCACGGUUCACUGAGGCACAUGAUUUGCGUGUAGACAACAGUGAUGAUACCAGUGCAUACAGUUUGAGAAAAGUGGUUGGUUGGAUGUGCACAGACGGGAUGUCUGAUGAAGGGGACGUGGAUAUGACAAAGCAGCAGAAGGGUGGGACAUACAUGCCAACCGAUUUUAAGCAGAUGCUCAUGACACAGGCAAAGAAAUGGGGAAUGCUUGUUGAAGAUUCUAAGGACGAGAUGAAGAGCGGUGCAGCAGAAAUUUUAGUACUCUCGCGUUUGAAGGACAUACUGCAAGCUCCCCCGCAAGACUUCCAAGAUCUUCCUGUAAUUAUUGCAAACGGGGUGGAGUAUGUUUUGGUGAAUUUCAUGAAAAAGAAACCUGACGAUCGGAAUGUCAUACAUGAGGCAUUACAUGAUGUGACAGAGCAAGCACUGGCGGGCAAGGACCUCAUUAACUACAAAGUGCGGAGUGUGGAGGAGGAUGUUGUAUGUGGUACUCCAUUGUGGGAUGGAAUAUUCAUGGCAGCUUUGCAUCGCCUCAACAUUGCGACUUCUGAGGUGGACAGAAAGAGGUCAAGGGAAGAAGGAUGAAAGUUGGUGGCCAGGGAAGCAGAUGUUGUACUUCAUGCAGCAAAUGGACACACUUCAGCAGGGGAAGAAAUUGUGAGAACUGUCUCCAUCGUGCGUUCUCCAAUAAACACAAUGUCCACGA